UUUUUUGUACUCCAUCAUGCAGAAUAUUCCAUUCAGGUCAGACAAGAAUGCAUAAUUACUCAUAGUAAUGAUGCUUGAUUGUACUGUAUGCUAUUCAUGCAUUUAUCACUUCUUCCCGUAGAUUGCCAUGCAGAAAAGUCCCUCAAAGCUUGUUAUUUCUAGUCCAAGGGGAUGGGAGCACGUUUAUCAUAUGAAUUAUAUGCAGACAUUAUAAUGAUGCUAAAAACAUAGACUGUUGAGGUUUAAGGAGUCAGUUCCUAAACUAUAUUGAAAAUGAUAUACUUUUGCAGGAGGACUGAGUGUAUGAAUAACAGCAGACUUCAUCUUUUAGGCAUAAUUUCUACCUCUUAACUGGGAAUUACAAGAUGUGGCAAGAUUCAGAUUCAGAACCAGCAGGACAUAUGUCAAACCCAGUGGUGACCCACCAACCAGGCACCGGCGGCUAUGGGACCAACGUGCAAACAGGAGAGUGGAGCACGGGCCUCUGCUCCUGCUGCAGUGAUUUGUUGAUUUGUGCUUUAGGCUGCGUUUGCCCCACCGCGUUGGCCUGCUACACAGCAGACAAGUAUGGAGAGAACUGCUGCUUGGGUUGUGUGCCUGGAGGCUUAACGGCCAUGCGGACUCACAUGAGGCUCACGUACGGCAUCCAGGGAACGGUUUGCAACGACGCCCUCAUGUCCUUUUUCUGCGGGAUCUGUGAGGUGUGCAGGAUGGCCAGAGAAAUACGCAUCCGAAAUGGAGAAGUUUAAAAAAAAAUAAACAGCAAGAGA